AUGGAGAAUUUGGGGAGGCUGAGCCACCUGUUCGCGGCGGUUUUCAUGUCCAACAUGGCGGCCUACGCCGUGAAUCCGGCCAUCACUGACGUCAUCGUGGAGGCCGUUUGCGGCGGCAAACAGGAAUGCUCCCUCGCUAUUUACCUCACCGGCGUCCAGCUAGCGGACAUUAAAUACGUAGUUUGCGUGGGUAUACGCAGGUCACUGUUACGAAGCUUGGUUUCCAAACAAUCGGGGCCACAUGAACAGGGUAUUGCUCAAGGAUGCAUUUUGGGCAUAACAUCACUUGGUAAUCUUUUAUCCCCUAUUGUUUACAGUCCUCUAUCAGCUUUGUUUUUGGCCGAAGAUGCACCAUUUUAUUUCCCGGGCUUUAGCAUCUUCUGUGUAGGACUCGCUUAUCUGAUAGGUUCGAUUCUCAGUGUAUUUAUAAAGAUCCACAUUGGUAGAAGAAGCAGAGUGUGA